CCGUACAAGCGUGUUCUUUGGACGAGUUUGUGUCGCGCUUUCUUUGAGACUUUAAGUGAAUGACCACUCUGUCAUGAAGAGAGAAGAUGACUGAGGGUCUGAAACAGAGAUUUGAGUUCCCCAGUUACCUCAUCCAAGCCCAGGCGGUUCGGAGUCUGGUGGCUGCAGUGCUGAAAGAGAAAAAUCAAAAUGAGAAGACUGGACAGACCACCCAGGGCCCUGCAGUAGAGGCCCUGUGGGAGCAGUGCUGUAGUGACUCCACGGUGGUGCGAUCGGCCUGCUGUGAUGCUCUGGUGCUGCUGGUGGAACAAGGUCACGCCGACCUUCAACACACACUCAACAGUGUCCUCAACGUGCUGCCCUCCGCCAGGAAUGUCCAGGGUCUGAUAAAGGUGGUGUCCAGUCUGCUUCAGCUGCAGCUCAACCAGAGAGACAGAGGAGCAGCUUUUACCUGUCCUUACUCCAUCAGGAGCUUCCCCCACCCCUUCAUCUCUCUACUGGAGAACCGUGUGGACUGCUGGCCGUUUCUGCUCCACGAGAUCCAGGAGCUCCUCCAGCAAGCCACCCUCAGGGGUGAUGUGGAGUGUGUGUCCAUGCUGACGCCCUUCUUGAGGUUCCUGUACUGUGAGCCCCAGAGGCUGCCCGAGCAUGCGCUCCUACGACACAACCUCAUCGCCGUGCUCCUACCUGCACCAGGAGGCCCAGCUCCACCUGCACCAGGAGGCCCAGUACCUGCCUCAGGAGGCCCAGUACCUGCGUCAGGAGGCCCAGUACCUGCGUCAGGAGGCCCAGUACCUGCGUCAGGAGGCCCAGUCUCUCUGGGGAGAGAGGGCCCCAGUACGGAGGUGACCAACAGGGUGGUCCGCUGCCUCCUGGAGCUGAUUCCACACAUGCAGGUGGACAGUGUGGCGGCAGUGCUGGAGCUGAGUGCCCUGGUGGGGGCGCUGUUCCCCGUGAUGCUGCAGGACCCAGUGGAGGGGGCGGAGCUACAGGACCCAGUGGAGGGGGCGGGGUCACAUGAGGGGGCGGAGCUACAGGACCCAGUGGAGGGGGCGGAGCUACCGUGGAGAGAAGAGCUCCCCCUACUGGCCCUGCACCUGCUCUGCGCCGCUCACCUGUGCCUGCACCUGGGGGGCGACUGCCGACCCCUCCUGCACUCCCUGCAGCGCCUCCUGCCCACCUGUGCUCAGGUGGUGGCGUUAGACCAGGUGUUGAUGGGUGUGUCUGUACUCCUACUCUGAGGAGUGAGCAGGAGCAGUCAUCACAGCAACAGAACCGACUCAACGAAGUUAUCAGAUCCAUCACACAGGUGAUCUCGUUCUCUGGCGUGAUUGGUCUGCAGUCUAACGGGGCGUGUCUAGUGGGCCACCUGCACCUGGCCCACAUGUCCUCCAGCCACACCCGCACUGCAGUGCCCCAGGACUUCAGCUACCUGCCAGAGAAGAGUGUGAUCAGAGCAGCAGUGGACUACCUCACAGAGGCAGGGAAGAAGGGUCCAGAGGUCGCGACCCCUGAGCGGGUGAAGACGGCGCUGUACCCCCUGGCAGAGGUGGGCGCAGCCUUCCAGUACCCGCCAAUCAACUGGAGCGCCCUGCUGGCACCCCUCAUGCGCCUCAACUUCGGGGAGGAGGUGCAGCACCACUGCAUCGAGCUGGCCGCCACGCAGGCCCAGUCUUCCCAGAGUGCUUCACUCUUCCUGGGGGUGUGGCUAGCCCCUCCACUCGUCCACAGUCUGAGCGUGCGUACCUGUGCUCACCUGUUCGAGUGUGUGGGCGUGUGGAUGCGGCAUGUUGCGGAGGACAAGCUGCAGGUGUUCGUGGAGACGCUGGGGGUGCAGCAAUUCACCUCUGACCUCCGACCCCAGCGGAUGACCCUGUGCCGCGCUGUCCUGCGCGGGCUAGCCGUUGCCAUGGCGAUGCCCAACCCGCCUCAAGCGUGCUGGACCUGCCUCUGCUCCACCACCGAGAAGAUAUACACACUCCUGCCCGACCACAUACAGGACUCAGACGUGGAGCUGUAUGAGGGCGUGGCUAAAUGCCUGUCUGAGAUGAGCGACUCUGAGAUUGACAGGAUCGCCACGGUUACUGAGGUGUGUGUGCAGAAGGCGGGCUUCACUCUGGCUCUGUUGGGGUCUCAGGGCCGCGUGCCGCUCCUGGGCCUCAAUGAUGUCAUCAACACCAGCCUCCGCCUGGCCAAUAAGGACACAGUGGGCUGGACCCUGCUGCAGUGCCUCUACCAAUCACGCUUCGCCUCCGGCCCAAACACAGGUGUUGCUAAGCGUAUGGAAUGGCUUUUGGAGUUAAUGGGCCACAUCCGGAAUGUAGCAUACGGAGCAACCACCGUUAAAUGUGACAGCACCACAGAGGCUACAGACUUCCUGUUUGGAGUGUUCUCGGCGGCGCUGGCGUGCUGGGCUGACCUGUCCAUGCCGCUGCUGCUGGGGCUCAGGGCCCAGUGGUUUCCGUGGAGACAGAGUGCAGUGCAGGCAGCGCUGCCCCACGCGCUCUACGGCGCCCCCGCUGUCCCGGAGGAGGUACUGCAGGCCUGUCAGGAGGCACUGCCGCACUGCAUGGCACAGCUGCUGGGAAAAGAGCCCUGGCAAGCACAGACUCAGAAGUUCGUCGACUGGCUCUUCAGCAUGGCAGAGGCUCCAGCCACCGGCCUAUCAGAUCGCUCCAUCCUCAGUGCCAAAGCUGCUCUGCUGUCUCUGAAGGGCUCCCCAGACUUCAAGAAGAAGGGCGUGUGGACCAGAGCAUACGGCUGGUGAUGCACACACACAUACUAACACACACACACACACAUGCACACUCAGACACAUGAUAUCGCUGAUGGACCAAAGCAUGGCUAACAACCUACAGGAGAAUUAACACACACACACACGCACGCCUCUUCCCUGCCGACCUGCUUGCUGUAUGCUGCAGUUCUGCCUGUGUGUGGGAAUCCCUCAGGCCCAGACGCUGAAGACUCCAUUUCCCAUAAGCCCUUGAGAAGACCAUCAUCAUGUCCUGGAUGCUGCUGACACACUGCCUGCCCUCACGCCUUGUUCCUGUGUGUGUGUGUGUGUGUGUGUGUGUGUGUGUGUGUGUACACACACACGCUGCUCUACUCUGUUGAACUCAUGGGUGCCAUGUAAUGUGCUUC